AACAAGAACACUCCAUGCAAGAACUUUGGAUUUUUCGGAUAGAGAGCGGCAGCGGAGAUUGAAGAGAUUGUUUAAAAAAUAGAAUCUGUAAAAUAUGUAUUUAUUAUUUGUCAUUAGCACCAUCUGCUUUUUGAUGGCUUUCUCAUCUAAAAUUGCUAAACUGAUCCUUCCAUUCCUGCUGCGUGAACCGGCGGAACUUGUAUCGUUGCGUGCUAAAAUCGAACAGACCCGCCGCGAGCUUGCGAAAAUAUCCAUGCGCGAAAACUAUCUCGAGUACGUGCAUAAGGAGCGGUUUCUGGUAGCGCUGGAGAAGGAAUUAACAGUACCGAAGAGUAACUACAACAGUCGGAAGGUAUUCUUCGACUACGGUAUUGGAUACGGUUUGUAUGCGGUGCUGGCUUUGGGAUUGAUUGUAAUUUCUAUAUUCUACCGAUACACACCCGUGGUGAUUUUUGGAAAGAAUUUCAAUUUUGAACCCUUCGGCAAAGUACUCAAUUUACCGACAGGAGUUCCAAAUGCUGUUUCAACCGUCUUCUGGAUCGUUGUGAACAACUUCGUAGCGCGGAUUGUAGUUGGAUACGUGAAUUAAAUCGUACGAAAUAAAUAAAAAGUUGACUAUUGUUUUUAUUUGAUUCAAUUAUAAAAAUUGUAAAACUUAA